UUACGGGAAGUAAUCAUGACUCGCGGCAACCAGAGAGAUAGAGAUCGAGAAAGGGCUCAAGCUCGAGCGGCCGGCAAAGGCAAGACCAAGGACGAUGGGUUAACCGCUGAACAACGCCGUGAAAGAGAUGCGAAGGCCUUGCAGGAAAAGGCUGCGAAGAAGGCGGCGCAGGCGGCAACCGGAGGGAACAAUGCUGGCGGCGGCGGCGGCGCAAGUAAAAACAAGAAAUGAUUAAUGCAACGAUGUCAGGUUGUGAAUGAUUCACCGCAUUGUUUUGACAUUGAUUUGGAAAUCAGAUCUUUGUGUUCCUUUAGGAUCUUCUUCAGAGUGUUUGCCUUCGUCGUCUUAAGCUAUUCACAGGU